CCGAAAUCCUCCCUUUUGCCCUUUUUUUCCGGCAGAUUUAAUCACUCCAGACGGAAAAUCAAGAUGCAUUGCUUCAGAAGAGCCGCCUGCCGGCUGUUGACCUCCAGCCCGGCUUCAUUGCGCUCAACCAGACCUGCCCCGUCCUUUUCCGCUCGCUUCUCCGUCCCUGUCAAGACUUCUUUGCCCUCUCUCCAGGCCCGCUGGAACAGCACCGAGGUCAAGUCCCAGCCUGAAGUCACGAACACUGAGGCCAAGGUCGAGUCUGAAGCUCCGGCUGAGUCUAAGUCUGAGGUCAAGGUCGAGUCUGAGUCUGAGGUCAAGGUCGAGGCGGAGCGUGUCACGGAUGCCGUCACCGAGCAGAUCGAGAGUAACGAGGUGACGCCGACAGAAAAUCAAUCCGAGAAAAAGACCCCCGAGUACGGAGUCGAUGCCCAGUUCUCUCACCGCACCAGGCGGCUCCAACGCCUGCAGCGGACCCCGGAGCCCAAGGAGACGGUCUUCAUCGGCAAUCUCUUCUACGACGUGACUCAUGAUGACCUGAGAGCCCAGAUGGAGAAGUACGGUGUUGUGGAGCGUGCGAUGAUCGUGACGGACAACCGGGGUACCAGCAAAGGGUACGGCUACGUUCAAUUCGACAACGUGGACACGGCCCAGCGCGCCAUCGAGGCGAUGCACCUUCGCGUGUUCGAGGGCCGUCGCGUGAACGUGGAGUUCGCGCAGUCCAACCUCGACUACCACCAGCGCCUGUUCCCCGCCUCCAAGACCCUGUACAUCGGCAACCUGCCGUUCCAGAUGACCGAUCGCGAUCUCAACGAAUUGUUCAAGGACAUCGUCAACGUUGUUGAUGUCCGUGUGUCGGUCGACCGCCGCACCGGUCAGCCCAGAGGCUUCGCCCACGCUGAUUUCAUCAGCGCCGACAGCGCCCGCACUGCUCUCAACUCUCUCAAGGAGAAGACUCCCUACGGCCGGAAACUUGUCGUCAACUUCAGCAAUCACAGCAAACGCCAAAACAACCCGAACCAGGACCGUCGCGAGAAUCAGGGCCGCCGCGAGAACCAGGGCCGCGAGCAGGAAACUCCUGUGAAGGAUGUCCCCGAGAUCUAAUUAUAAACUGUAGCUGGGUAUCUCAUGGGUUUGGCAUUCAUGUAUUUUUUCACGGAGCAAAUGCAAACAUUGUAAUAUAGUCUUGUAUAUCAUUGAAUCAUUC